ACUACAUAAAUACAAGCAAUUCACAAACAUACUAGAAAAAUAAUUACAAUAAUGGGUUCUCUUCCUCAUGUAGUAGAGGACUGCUUGGGCUUCCUCCAACUCUAUAGUGAUGGUUCCAUUUUCCGCUCCAACGACAUAGAAUUCAAAGUUUCAGCCAUUGAAGACAACACCGUAACCUUUAAGGAUUGCCUCUUCGACAAGAGAUUCAACCUCUUUCUUCGUCUCUACAAACCCAAACACUCAACAACCAACAAUAGAAACAAGCUUUUCCCCGUGGUGAUGUUCCUUCACGGUGGAGGCUUUUGUUUCGGUUCACGCACGUGGCCACAUGUUCACAAUUGUUGCAUGCGCCUCGCUUCGGGGCUACAAGCGGUGGUUGUUGCCCCCGACUACCGCCUCGCACCGGAGCACCGGUUGCCGGCGGCGGUGGACGACGCCGUGGAGGCGGUGAGGUGGCUCCAAAGGCAGGGAUUGAGUUUGAAGGAGGAUCAAAAUGGUGGGGACGGGUGGUUGAAUGGUGACGUUGACUUUGACCGUGUAUUUAUCGUGGGUGACUCAUCUGGCGGGAACAUUGCGCACCACCUCGCGGUUCGGUUGGGUUCUGGUUCGCGGGAGAUGGACCCGGUUCGGAUACGAGGUUACGUGUUGUUUGCGCCGUUUUUCGGUGGGGAGGUUCGAACCAAGUCCGAGGAAGGUCCACCAGAGCACAUGUUGAACCUUGAGUUAUUAGACAGAUUUUGGAGGCUAUCGAUGCCUAUUGGAGAGAGCAGAGAUCACCCAUUGGCGAAUCCGUUCGGAGCUGGCAGCCCAAAUUUUGAACAACUGAAGCUUGACCCUAUUUUGGUGAUAGUAGGUGGCAAUGAAUUGCUUAAGGAUAGGGCAGCACACUAUGCGACAAGGUUAAAAGAACUAAGCAAGGACAUUAAAUACGUUGAGUUUGAGGGGAACGAACAUGGGUUUUUCACUCAUGACUCACACUCAGAGAUUGCAGAAGAUGUCAUACAAAUCCUUAAACGAUUCAUGUUUGAAACUUCUAGUUAGAACACACCUCAGAAACAAGUUAGAGAGUAAAGACACUUAAGUAAAGUUAGUUAGUCCAUAUUUUUAUCCUAGAAACUAGAAAAGUAGUUUGUGGGAACGGAUUGUGUCAAUUUUAUUAGUGUGUACGUGUAGUUUUUCAUUGGAGAUCGUAUUUCAAGUGCCUUUCUAAGUAAUUUGUGCAAUUACCUUUGAAUUAAUUGUAUACGUUAUUACUCUUUCCAUUU